UUGCUUAUGUUUUAAUCAUGGCGCAUCGAGACGGUAUCCUGUUGUUAUGUCUUGGCAUCUCGCUGGCCUCGGCUGGUUCGUCUCCUCAUGCUGAUGUUGUUGAAGUGUUGUUCAAGCAACUCCUUACAAGUGGAAGAAUAUCCGAUAAUAUCAUUGAAGAUGCCCGUUUGGAUGUGCCUGAGUUGGUAAGAAAAUAUAACUAUCCGUUUGAGCAACACACCGUGACUACUGAGGAUGGGUACAUUCUGACGCUGCACAGGAUCCCACAUGGACGAGAUGAUAACAAUGUUCCUGGCGACAGACCUGUGGUGUUUAUUAUGCACGGGCUGCUGUCUUCGUCAGCCGAUUUCAUACUAUUAGGUCCAGGUUGCUCUCUCGCAUAUAUCCUAGCCGAGGAAGGAUUUGACGUAUGGCUAGGGAAUGCCCGCGGAAACUACUACUCACGUAGACAUAUAAGUCUAAAUCCCGACAGUUUGCUUAACACAAGAUUCUGGAGGUUUUCCUGGGAUGAAAUUGGAAGAAUUGAUCUCCCUACAAUGAUAGACUAUGCCUUGAAAGUAUCGGGUCGUGAAAGAUUGCAUUAUAUAGGCCAUUCCCAAGGGACCACAACUUUCUUCGUUAUGGGAUCAAUGCGGCCAGAAUACAAUGCGAAGAUUAUUUCCAUGCACGCUUUUGCACCCGCGGCGUACAUGGCAAACAACCAAAAUCUUUUGAUGAGAUUUUUGUCUCAAUUUGCAAACAAUCUCGAAUUUAUGUUGUCACUGAUUGGUGUCGGCGAGUUCUUCCCCAACAACAAUGUGAUGACUUGGGCAGGGCAAGCUCUUUGCAUGGAUGAAGUGAUUUUCCAACCCUUGUGUAGUAACAUUAUUUUCCUUUUGGGUGGCUGGAAUGAAAAUCAACACAAUGCGACAAUGAUACCAGUAAUCAUGGGUCAUUCUCCGGCUGGUGCUUCAGCUAGGCAGUUCGUCCACUAUGCUCAAGGCAUCGCUGGCAAGCAGUUCCGGCGAUACGACCACGGCUCUAUUUUGGCCAACCGGAGGGAAUACGGAAGCUGGAGCCCCCCACGAUACGAUCUUUCCAAGAUAACUACACCCGUCUUCUUGCACUACUCAGACUCCGACCCCAUGGUCCACGUCAACGAUGUGGAUACGUUGUUCAGGGAACUCGGUAGAGCCAUUGGCAAAUUUAGGGUCCCAGAACCAAGGUUCAGCCAUUUUGAUUUCAUAUGGGCCGUCAACGGAAGGGAACUUCUCUAUGAUCGCGUGAUUAAUCUUAUCAGGUCUAUGGACGUGAAUGGCCUUGACAAUAUAGUAGUGUAAUCAAUCACAGAUAUUUGCGCAUCGGUGUUUUUUAUUCUACGAUUACCAAAUUUGUUGUUCUCUAUCAGUUGAGAAGUGGAGGUAUGGCAAAAUGAUAAUGGAAUGUGGCAAUAAAAUUUUAUUAAUAUGAUA